AUGACUGACAAGACAACAAUUUGGUUUGGGGGAAUACGCGAAGAAGGAAUGACAAACAUGACAGAAAUUUAUUCUAAAGCUUUAUAUUAUGUUGCAAGAAAUUCUUUUCAACAAAACUGUUUUCAAAUCUUGUAUGGAAAAACCAGAAUUCAGAGGAAAAAACAAAAGAAUUAUGAUUAUAAAUCGGCAGAGUAA